AUGGCUUCGAAAUACAAGGACAAAGACACCGGCGUCGUGCUGAGCUUCAACGGAAGCUUGGUCAGUUGGGCGCACACAAUCGUCGCGUACACUGCUUUCUUCAGCGCAUUGAUUAUCGGUCUCUACCUUCACUAUCACAAGAUCGUGAAGAACGAGUUCUACGGUUAUCCGCAAGAAUGGUUUCCCUCGGUGUCCGCGACAAUCGGCGAUCGAUACCCUGAGCGAUCUUUUUUCAUGAUUUUUAUCGCCAUCACAUCCGGUCCUCGAUUCGCUCUCGUCGGCUUAUGGUAUCUUCUUACGCGCAAGCCGGGCCAGAAGCUGCCUGCAUUUGUCGCCAUUAUGGGACUCGUGCGAACACUUACCUGCGGCGGUUGGACAUACAUUACAUCUACAGAUGACCACGAUUGGCACGAUAUCCUAAUGAUUUCAUACAUUGUUGCGACGCUUCCGUGGACGACUGGCUGUAUCGCACUUAGCCCCGCCAAUCCGCAGGCCAUUAAAUACCGAAAGUACCUGGCCUCGGCUUUCUUCGGUACCCUUGUGCCAUUGAUUUACUUCUUCAUUCAGCACAAGGUUCAUCGAGUCGCUGGAGCCUACACUACCUACGCCUUUUUCGAGUGGUCCUUGAUUAUUUUCGAUGUAGCAUUCGACGCUGUAACUGCCCUCGAUUUCAGUACCUUCGAUAUUGAGGUUAGAGAUGUUAAGGGUGCGAGCAAGGGUGAGAAUCUCUCAUCAGUCCCAUCUGCCGUCUUAGAAAAGGAAAAGGAGACCGCAACCGGAGGCGUUUUUACUGUUCAUUUCAGCUGGUCCGAGGCACUUGAUAUUGCCGCUGAAAUUUACCAUGGGUACGUUUUCUGGACUAUCCUGACUAGUCUGGGCCUUGUGGUGUGGUAUUUCCCACUCUGGUACAUGGGCAUUUCCGGAUACGAAGUUGCAGUUAUGACAACUAUUUCGCCUUUCAUUCUUGCGAAUCGCUCGGCACGAUCUCUGAUAGUGAACAACCUGCGUGUUGUACACCUCCUCUCUCUAUCAGGCAUUGCAGCCUACCUAGUCGAAGAACCCAGCAUGCGACUUUUCACCGUUGGUUUUGGUGUUUUCAUGUCAUGCUUGGGCUGGGCUGGAAGUCUGUUUGCGGAAUCCGUGCAUGAGGGACGUCUCGAGUCUAAGAUUCUUGGUUGGAUGAUUGGUCUCAUCCUUUCGUCAACAGCCAAAUUCGCAUGGUGGACGAAUAACCCUAUCUGGCCUAUUAUGCAUGCCGCGAAUGGUGGCUGGAACAACACCGGCCUUGUCCUCGGUUUUCUAGCCGCCCUUCGCUUCACUCGAAGAACACCUCUUGCUGCUGGUCUGGUCACCAACCCUGCUAGAACAAGCUCCAGCUUCCUUGCCUCGCUUGGCCUUGCGGGGUUGUUCUUUGGCCUCCACUCGCUACUGUCCGACACUAGUACCAUGAUCCUCUGGGGAUGGGAAGGAUAUCCUAUUCGCGGCCCCUACUUCUCUACCCAUGGUUGGCUCACUGUUCUUGUCAUGUCACUGGGUCUCUUCGCUGGAGUAUGGCAACCUAGGGUUGCGAGCAGCUGGGGUGCCUAUAUCGCUGGUACCGCAGGAGCCAUGUUUCUGACAUUUUUCAGUCACUGGUCUGGUUACUAUGGCGCCCUCACCCUUGCUACUUACUUGAUGGCAUACUCGGUCCCUAUUCUUGUUCACGGAGCCAAGACCAACCCCGCGACGACCUUUGGCACCGGAUUCCUUAUCUAUAACUUCUUGGUUCUCUUCCACGUAUGGGUUGUGGCCUAUGCUUUUGUUCCAGGAGGCCACCUUGUCCGUGAGCGCACCGACUGGGUCAUGUAUACAAUGAUGUCCUGUAUUGGUGCUGGUGUAUACGGCAUUAAUAGUGCCGGCCCCCAGCGACAAACUCCAAAGCGAUCUCUGCCCACUCAGCGAAGAAAGUAUUUCGGAGUCUCGACCAUCUUAAUCAACAUCCUGUUCCUCAUCGCGGCCUUCCAGCGCUUCCCCGCCAACAACCAUCAGCCGUAUCACGGUGAGGACCGCAUUCUCACUGCUGGUAUCUGGACGAUCCACUUCUCGUUUGACAACGAUAUGUGGGCAUCAGAGUAUCGCAUGCGAGAUCUCAUCAAGGAAUUAGAGAUCGAUGUAAUCGGACUUCUCGAAUCAGAUAAUCAGCGUAUUAUCAUGGGUAACCGUGACGCUACACAAUUUCUUGCUGAGGAUCUUGGCAUGUACGUUGACUACGGUCCUGGCCCCAACAAGCACACCUGGGGUGCCGCUUUGCUGUCCAAAUUUCCUAUCUUGAACUCGACACAUCAUCUUCUACCUAGCCCUGUCGGUGAGCUGGCUCCUGCCAUUCAUGCUACACUAGAUGUCUACGGCCAGCUUGUGGAUGUUUUUGUCUUCCACUCCGGACAGGAAGAAGAUCCUGAGGAUCGACGACUGCAAUCUCUGUAUCUCGCCGAGCUCAUGGGCUCAACUCCUCGACCAGCAUUCUUGCUUAGUUACCUGGUGACAAAACCAAAGAAGGGCAAUUACAACACCUACGUAAGCGAAACUUCGGGUAUGAAAGACGUGGAUCCCUCAGACUGGGAUCGAUGGUGUGAAUACAUCCUUUUCAAGCGCCUCAAGCGUGUAGGAUAUGCCCGUGUCAGUCGCAGCUCGAUCACAGAUACUGAGCUCCAGGUCGCCAAGUUCAAGAUCCCCGAGUCAAAGGAGGAGAUUGCUAAGCUCGAAGCCCAAUCGGACAAGGAGCGCAAUCGUCGAGUCCAAGAGAAGGAUGUACCUGAAGGAUGGAGGUUCCCUGCUAUGUUCCGGGGUCAAGGUGUGCGACAGCACAGAUACCAUGUGUUCAAUGAGCCAAGGUAUUUUAAUUAA